AUGGUAUGCUUUAACCUACAGUCAAGGUGUUUCUCUCUUGGGUCCGCUGACUCAGGCGUCGUGGCCUGGCAGACUGCUUUGCUGAUGGCAGACCCGGUCAUGCUGUGUCGCGGCGGCGAUCCGGUCCGUCAAAGACUGUCCCGACAUGACCUGAUCCACUGCACCAAUGAGCUGAACGUCAGCAUUCCCCACCUGGCAGACACACUGCUGGAGCGCACAGCCAGUAACAGCUGGAUAGUGGUGUUUAAAGCGCUCAUCACCACACACCACCUUAUGAUGUACGGCAACGAGAGAUUAAUGCAGUACCUUGCCUCCAGAAACACGCUCUUCAACCUCAACAACUUUUUAGAUAAGGCUGCACUACAAGGGUAUAACAUGUCAACUUUCAUCAGACGUUACAGCCGCUACCUGAAUGAAAAAGCCAUGUCUUACAGACUAGCAGCAGUGGACUUCACCAAGAUGAAGAGAGGGGCUGACGGCGUGAUGCGCACCAUGAACACAGAGAAGCUGAUUAAGACUCUGCCCACUAUUCAGAACCAGCUGGAUGCACUGCUGGAUUUCCAGCCAAACUCCAAUGAGCUGACCAAUGGAGUGAUCAACACGGCUUUCAUGUUGCUGUUUAAAGACUCCAUACGCCUGUUUGCUGCUUACAACGAAGGGGUCAUCAACAUGCUGGAGAAAUACUUUGACAUGAAGAAGAACCAGUGCAAAGAAGCUCUAGAGAUCUACAAGACCUUUUUGAACAGGAUGACCAAACUGUCUGAGUUUCUCAAAGUGGCAGAGCGAGUUGGGAUAGAUCAGGGCGACAGCCCCGAUCUCACACAGGCUCCCAGCUCUCUCCUUGAGGCUCUGGAGCAGCAUCUAGCCUCUCUGGAGGGCAGGAAGCUCAAGGACCUCUCCACUGCCAGCAGAUCCAGCACCUUGUCUAGUGCAGUGUCUUCUCUCUCCAGCACUGGCAUCUCUCUCAGCCGUCUGGAAGACAAGACUGAAGACAACAGACUGCAGCAACAGAAGGAGGAUAGUCAUAAAGUGAUCGACAUUCAGACACCCAAUGCGUCACCCAGCACCCAGUCAGUGGGCAGUGGGAACAGCAGUGGAGGUGCCACCGAUCUGUUCUCCAACUCACCCAUCGUACCUGUCAACAACCAUGUGCCAAACCUGACCAGUGAGCUGUUUACCCUGCAGCCUAACUUCACCCCCAUCCAGACCACACACACUGUGCCCAACAAUAACAAUGCCUGGGGAGGUGACUUGCUAAAACCAGCCCCACCUACUCAAAUCCACAGUCCUGGAGCACCAUUGCUCUCUGGGAAAAUGCUGCCCAAUGAUUUGGACUCCUCAUUAGCCAACCUCGUUGGCAACCUGCAGUUUGGGGGGACACCAGCUAAAAAGCCGGAGCUCCAGUGGAGUCAGCUGGUGGAGAAAAAGCCAACAGGAGGAAGUGGUUGGCAGUCGAAGACCAUGUGCACCAGCACCAACUGGACUCACACCACCCAUCCAAUGGCACCUGCACCCAUGCCCGUCCCUCAGAUGAAUGGGAUGAUCUAUACUGGCUAUGCUCCAGCACCAGUGGCUUUUCCUAUGACGACACCCCAAGUGCCUGUGUAUGGAAUGCUGCCUCCUCAGAUGAGUCAUCAGAUGGGGGGUGUUCCCAUGAUGCCCCCACAGCCUGUCAUGUACAACCAGCCUGUCCUGAGACCGACUAAUCCCUUUGGACCCAUCCCGGGGACACAGAUGGCACAGCAAGAAGAACCACUGUAUGACUUCCCAGAGCCCACACAGCCAUCACAGCGCAAGUUCUUAGGUCAUCAAAGAGGACAGGGUUCUCUGCGAAGCAUCAGCGUGCUGGACCGUCUCCUGCUCACUGUCCCUGUCUGGCUUCAGCUGUCAAUCAACCCAGCCACUGCACUCCACAUACUGCAGAGGGAGCCUCCUGGGACGUUCCUGGUCCGCAAGUCUCGCACAUCCCAGAGAAACGUGCUGUGUGUACGUCUGGCAGAUGACAGCGUGCCAUCCUUCGUUCAGCAGUUUGGAAUCAUAGAGGAAAAGUCCAGUAAGACUCUGUCUCUGGAGACUUCAGCUAUCAGCUUUCCAGAUCUCCCAAGGCUAAUUUCCUUUUACUGUGUCAGCAGAGAUGUAUUGCCCUUCCCUCUGGAACUUCCUGCAGCCAUUGCAAAGGCAACAUCCCACAAAGAGCUGGAGUCUAUCUCACAUAUGGGGAUAGAAUUCUGGAGUUCUCACCUAAACGUCCGUGGACCACGGGAGGCGCUUAAGCCCCAGAAGGACAAGGAGAAGAAGCCAGAUGCUAUUUCCUCAGCCCCGCCUGCUGCAGCAUCACAGACAGGCUCUGCAGCUCAGCCUGAUUCAGCUCACCAGCCUGAUUCAGACCGCCUGCUCAAGACAGCACCUGAGUCAGACACCACCACCAAACAAUCAGGUCACAAUCCCACACUGUUCUAUGAGUUUUGUCCGAUCACGACACGUAGUCCCAGAGAGCUGGACUGUGGCUCCGGUCUGGGUGCUCUAUGCUUCAUCAACCCCCUUUUCCUGCAGUCCCAGAGUGAUUUCUCCAGACGACGCAUGUUCAAACGCAGCCUUAAAGUUCGCGUUUCCACAGAGACGUCGACUCUGCUGUCACCCCCACUUGCUCCUCCUCCUCCGCCACCUCUAAUGCCUAAAACCAAAGGAAAAUGUAAGGGCCUGAAACGGGGACAAGCCCAGCUCCUAAGUCAAGCCACAACGAUUGAUAACAGAGUUGAAGACUCCCAGCCUCAGCCUCUGAAGCUGACACAGCCUGGGGGGGCUGGGGUGCCUGAGAUGCAGGAGCAGAGCCAAGCACACAUUGAACCAGGUCAAAGUAACUCUGAAGUCAGAGGAGAGAAGGUUACAGCUCCAGUACUAAAGGGGACUCCUUCAAAUGAUUCAGACUACAUGCAGCCCUCUCCAAUAAUCAAUUUAUCUCAUUCUCCCUUACUCUCUCCAUACCUCUCCCCAUCUGUUUCUCCCAUGGCACCUCCCAUUUUCCCCAAAGUAUCUCCAUCUAUCUCUCAUGACUCUCCUGGUGCAUCUCCCUCUCUCUCACCUUAUCAGUCGCCAUCUCUUUCUCCCAGGGUUCCCUUUUCCCUCUCUCCACACGACUCGCCCAGCGUCUCACCCUCUCUUUCACCUUAUCAAUCCCCAUCUCCUUCUCCUAAGGCCCCCUUCUCUCUCUCUCCCUUCGCUUCUCCAACCCUCUCUCAGCUGGCAGAACAGGCCUAUCACAUACCUGCACCUCCUUCAAGAUCAGAUGGGCAGAGAUCAGGGAGAGCAGCUGAGGAGGAGGGAGCAGGUGUGGAUGAAAAUAAGGAUGAGGAACUGUGCAAAAAGAGACAAGAGGAAGAGGGUCUAGUUUUACACAUGAAUGCUGCUUCUGUAAGUGACACAGACAGCUGCAGCUCCUUCAGCAGUCUUGAAGGGGCAACAGAGACUUCACCUCACUCACCCCACAAACAGGAUAAUGGCACAACCCUCUAGUGAACAACAUUUUAGACUGUUAGUGAAUGACAUUGUGACAUCCUGGAGCACUGUGUAGAAUUACUUAGUGUAGAAACAGGAAGUAAAAACAAGAAAUAAGUUUUUACAAAACCAAAGAUUUUAAUAACUACCACUACUACUGGUUGUUUUGAGUUUGAACUGCACCUGUAACUUUCUUAAUGCUCUAUUACCAACCAUGUUCUUUGAAGGGAGCCACGUUUCCUUUAAUAUCAGUAUUUUCUAACUAAUUAAUUUAAGAUUUGCAGAGACUUGAAACUUUUAUUUGCAUCAAAGGUACAAAUAAAAAUGACACUGUCGUUGUCGUAGUACUGUUCUUUGCCAUCAAAGAGUUUUAGUCAAAGUUGUAGUAGAUCAGCUGUAGAACAAAGACUAGACAGAAAAUAGAUGAUGUGAAUAUCUACAAUCGUUGAUGUUUAGCAUUAUGUCAGAAUCAUGGCGUUCUUAAUGACAUUAAUGGUUUGGUUCAAAGAUAAUAUUCUGGCUCCUCGUGGGUAAAACGGUUCAAUUGUGAUUGUACAGGUUUUAGCUGGAAAACCACCACAGAUGCCUUCUCACUAUGACUAAAUUUAACAAGUCCUCUCUGCAGAGAUGUUGACAUAUAGACAUUCAGGCAUCAACUAAGCAAAAGACCUUCAACCACCAGGGUUAUUUUUCAUGUUACUUCAACAUACUUAAGGUAAAUCUCAUCAAAAUGACGUGCGAUUGUCUUAUAAUUCUGGUCGAUAAAAUACCACUAUAAUCGCAAACACAUUUUUUUUUGCGCAGAUUAAACACCACAUUUCCUGUAAAAGUGUUUCAGUUUUAUUUUGCCUUACUGUCAACAUUCAGCUGUCAUGGCAGCUUG